CCGCACUGGGCUAGCCAGUGCAAUCAUCAUACGCCGGUUAGUACUUCGCCUAGCAUCCAGCACUCCAGCAGUCAGUUCUUUCCUCCGGGUGUUGUGAAGGUUUUCGAUAAAAGAUAUACCCAUCAUGAAGUGUGAAAUUGUUCUUCUGUUUGCUUGUGCAUCCCUCGCGCUGGCCGCACCGCAAAGGUCAGACGCUGAAGCAGAGAUCCUCCAGCAGGAAAACAACAUCGAUCCGGACGGAACGUAUGAGUACAGUUACGAAACGGCCAACGGUAUCCGAGGUCAGGAAACGGGAACGCUCAAGCGUGCCAACAGUCCCGACACGAGUGAUGUAAUUGUGGCGGCCGGUUCUAUCAGCUAUACCGCACCCGAUGGCAGCCUGGUCGAGCUGAGCUACACCGCCGACGAUGAGAAUGGGUUCCAACCGUCCGGUGCGCACCUUCCCACGCCACCACCCAUCCCGCCCCAGAUCCAGAAGGCGCUCGACUAUCUGGCCAGUCUGCCACCGUCGAACCGGCGGCGUUAAGCGUCACGGCUGGAUCCGGUGUGGCUGUGUCAUCCCGUCAUCUCGAAAACAAAAACCCGACCCAAUACUCAGCGCAGUCCCCAAAACUUUUUACAAACACAAACUCACACACUCACAAUACUGUCGAAACAAAUACAAGCACACAGAAACAAGACAGCUUCGCGAUCGGUGAUCUUUUCCAAUCGUGCUUAGGCUUAGGGCAAAUGAAUAUC